UCAUUGCAACAAGGUAAAGUAAACAUGAAAAUUUUAUGUUUUCCUUAUGAAAUUGUCUUUUCCAUUUUGAUAUAAUUAAUAUGUUCAAUGACAAGUUGCAUUAUUCUCUGAUAUCAAUGCUCUAAAGUUGCAUUAUUUCUCACCCCUUAUCUUUGCAAGUUGCAUUAUUUCUCUGAUAUCAAGUUGCAUUGUUUCUCACUCCUUACUUAAUUACAAGACUAGAAGGGACAGGAGACUAGCACAAAUAGUAUUGCUUCCAUAUUUUUGCGUGGUCACGUCGACUUGAACACAGGUAAGUGUUGUGGUCCUAUGUUGUGCCGUGAACUUGUAGCCUUUAGUCUUUCCAAUCUUUUGAAGUUGAAUAUUGGAUAAUUUUCUUGGAGUGCAAUGACAGUAAUGUUAAACCUGUAGCAGUUAAAUUGAACCAACUCUGCUAUGAUAAAUUCGACGUAAGUCUAUAAAAUCUUUCAUGGAGUUUUGUUUAUUGAAAUUGUUGAUUGUUUUCUGUGCAGAGCAAAGCUUGACAAGCAUGACAGACUCUUGGAAUUUGUUCGAAAACUCAAGUCUUCAUGUGUUGAAACGGUGGAGUCAGGCAAAAUGACUAAGGAUCUUGCCCUUCUUGUCCAUGGUCCUAAGUUAGUAUUCUCAUUCCGUGUUCUUUACUUAUCUUAUACAUCAACGGUUCAUGAAUCACAAUAUAUGAGUCAACAUGAUUUGUUCAAUAUUCGAUAAUCAAAAUUCACUAUAACUUCAAUCUUCUGUGAUAAAUUGAUUGUAGUCUCAGACUUCAUCACCUUUAUAAUUGCUAGAAUAAUCUGAUAAUUCUAGGUAGUUUUUCAUUAAUCCUUUAAUAAAUUUCUUUCUUCGCAUUGUAGCAACUUGUGGCUCAAUAAAUACGGUUAACAAGUCUUAAUAACUGACUAAUAGCAUUUCCUCAUUUUGCUUUUACAUAUUGUUUAUAUUGCGUUUUUGCUUUUUUGAUUAUCUGUAUUAUCUUUUCUUUUAAUAUGGUAUCAAGAGAGUUUUACCUAAGCAUAGAGGAAUUUAUUGAUGCUGUUGCGCAAAACCUGAAAGAUAAGAUUCAAGUGGCAACGACAACGGUUGUAUAGGUAUGUUCAAUUCUAUGUUUUAUCUACAAAUGCAAAAUGUUUUCAAUGAGUAGGUAGGAUAUAGUUUCUAAGUGGUAUAAUCGUUUCACUUGCAGAUAUUAGUUGUUUGCAUGUCAAUUUUGUUCGAAUGGCACAAACAGUAAUAGUGAAUCAGUGACCCAAUUGAGGUCUUAGUGACACGAGGAUGAAGCUAAGGACUUACCAAUAAUAACAGAUACUAACAAGCAGAAGAAGCUGUAUAAAUAUUUAUAAUCAAUAAUUUUGGUACAUAUACACAAUGUUAUACACAAUUAUUAAUGUGAACGAUAUAGAUUUUGAAUUGUGGAUAAUUGUUGUAUUCUUGCCGGAAUAUUUUCCUGUGAGUCAUCACAAGCAGUCACUUGGUUGGGAUUGGGCAGAGAAAGCAUGCUGAUGCUUAUCUUUAGGACUAUCCACUAAGUAAAACACAACUACCAACUUAUCCAUGUUGUGAAUGGUGGUGGCACGUAUCGUAUAUUGUACAUUUGAACAUUCACUUGAUCAAUGUAUCGAAGAUUUUUAUGUGUAUAAUUGUGUUCUUAUCCCCAAAAUUUUGGGAUAAAGUCUUUGUUGUAGUUGUUAAAUGUAAUUGCAAUAGAUUUGAUCUUUUUUAUUUGUAUAUGUAAAACAUUUGAUGUUUUAUUCAAAAAUUUCUACAUGUUUACAGGAGCAUAUAUCAGAUCAUAUAUCACAGUUGUCAGGUUAAAUGCCAGGUUCAAUGAUUAACCCAUAAUGUUGAACUACACAACUAUAUACAUUACUUGAAGGGAUAAAUAAGCAAGAGAUUUAACUAUCUGUGUUAAGAGUUUUAAUUAUCUAUGUUUCUAUGUUUAAAUAUGGUCUUCAAGUAUAUGAUGAAUUACAAACAAAUACCUAUCUGCAUAUCCUCAUUAGUUAUAUAUGAUGGACUUCAAAUAUGUUUAAGAUAAAUUUAUCGUGACAAAACAAUAUCCUCAUUGGUUAUAUAUGAUGGACUUCAAGUAUGUUUAAGAUAAAUUUAUCGCGACAAAACAAAAAUGAGAUGAGGAAAAAUUGCGCACAAAAAAAUCUGUAAAGAUGCCGUGCUUAGCACGGGAUGAAUACUAGUUGUUAUUAAGUCCUCAAGAUGUAGUCCCUCACUCGCUAAAUUGCUAUUAGGUCCCCCAGUUCAUAUAAUUGUUAGUAAGUCCUCAAGUUUUACAUCUUUACUAACACUACUCUUGAUUAUCAUGAAAUUUCUAUUCCGCCCUCAAGUUUUACAUCUUGACAUCAUGCUAACACUAUUGAUUCCAGGAUAUAUUUUGAAAUUAGUCACCAAACCAUAAAAUUUUCUAUUAGGUCCUCAAGUUUUACAUCUUGACAUCUUGGACUCCCUAAGAUAGAAGUUUGGCUCGGCCACUGAUUAGAGGAAUUAUUUUUGAAAUGAUAUAAGAAACAGGGAGACAUAUGGUUUGAGCAACAAAUUUGGGAACAACUUAUGAGAAGAAUUGAGGGACCCAAUCCAAAUCAUUUAAGAAAAAUGAUCUGAGGAACUAAUUUCAAAACAUUUAAGAUGCAAGGGACAAUUACGAAAAAUGGCCACCGUAUCCAAAUCAGAUUUCGAGAAAAGAAAACAUGUGAUAAAAAAGAAAACCUGUCCGACUCAGCUGCCGCACGCCCUUGUCACGUGCGCUACCCGUCGUCCCUCACCGGCGGCGCAAGCCCCAUCCCCAAUCGGCCCUCUUACGAUAAAAAAAUCAAAAUCAAAAUCUAGGGUUAGGGUUUCCUCUCAAGACCGUCACUUUCACUCAAAAUCUAGGGGUAGGGUUUCCGAUGGAUGGCGUUGAAGACGACGCUCGAUAUGCACACAAACGCCAUCACCAAACUCAACCCCAAUUCUCCCGAAACUUCACCGAUCAAGAGGGCGACGACGAGUACGAAUCGAAUUCAGACGGGAUCAAGAGCGACAACGAAGGCGAAGGAGCGAUCGGCGUCGAUGAAGACGAUGGCGACUACAAUUCGUCGAUGGAGAGCCGAGGGAAGCGUCGAAAGCUAGAUAACUUCGAAUUCGUCCCUCGAAAGCCGGCGCCUUUGCCGGUCGUCGCUAAUUCGAGGAGCUCUGGGGUCAAGAAUUCGCCUCCGGAUUGGUCGGAAGAUUCGACCUUUGUUCUUCUUGAGGCCUGGGGCGAUCUUUUUGUAAGCAAUGGAAGGAAAUCUCUUCGAUUUGAUGAGUGGAGCGAGGUCGCGAAGAAAGUCAACCAGGAUUCGAGAAUCACUAGAUCGGAUUCGCAGUGUCGAAAUCGGUUGGAUACUUUGAAGAAGAAGUAUAAGAAGGAGAAAGCUAGAAUGGCGGAGAUCCCAAAUUUUAAGAGUGAUUGGAUUUACUUCAAAAAGAUGGAUUCUUUCAUGUCAUCUCCAUCUCCAGCGCCAGUUCAAGCGACAAGGAGUUCACCGUUGAGGUUGAAGUGCGGGGUGGAUGCAGGUGAAUAUGUGUUUUCAAAUUCUAGGGUUUACUUGAACCGAGCUAAUGCGAUGGAUGAGAUGAGAGAUAGUCCAGGGGAUACUGGAACUGGCGAUGAGGAGGGCGGCGAUGAUGAUGAUGGUGAUGACUCUGAUGGGCUUCCGCCAACGAUGAGUGAGAAGAGGAGGAGAGGGGGGUCGGGGUCAUUUCCGUCUUUGUCGUUUAAGAUGUUAUCGGAUUCGAUACAGAAGUUCAGUGAGGUUUAUGAGAAGAUUGAGAGCAAUAAGAGGCAGCAGAUGGUGGAGUUAGAGAGGAUGAGAAUGGAGUUUCACAGGGAUUUGGAGGUGCAGAAGAGGCAGAUAUUGGAGAGGGGGCAGGCGGAAAUUGCAAGGAUUAGGCAGGAGGAAGGGGAAGACGAGGAGGAGGAGGAAGAAGAAGAAAGGAUGGUUGGAGAGGGUGAUGGUGAUGAGGACGAAGAGAUGAAUGGUUCUGCUGAGAACUUGAGCAGCUAAGGUGACGCUGUUGCAAAGCCUUGUUCAAAACCAUUUUCAGUCAGCUACAAUAAUCUGUUUUAUUCCCUCCUUCCCUCGAAGUCACAAACUAAUUGGAUGACUAAAAAUAGAAUGAUAUGAAGGAAAAACUAGUUUUUUCCCCCUCUAUUCAUCUUCAUCCAUCUUCAUGGCAUCUAAGCUCAAGAUUUAAUCAUGGAAUCAUGGGCUUUUAUUAUCCACUCCAGUGAUCGGGAGUAGAUUACUGAAACAUGUGUAUUCAAGCAGGAAUAUGUAUUGGAUGUGCAUGUGAAAUUGGAAUUGACAACUGGCUGGUAAAUAAUAGAAGUGAAUGCCAUUGUCAGAGCUUGAAGAACACAAAAUCUCGGAUAAAGAUGUAACAAUUUAGUGUAUGUAAUUGGAGAAGUCCUGUAUGAUCGUGCUUGUUCCUGAAUAAUACAAUUAUAUGAUGAUUUUUUUGAAUUUGACAUGACUUAGUUGCUACUUCGUCUGUGAUCAGAAAGAGGUCCCUGAUUGUUUCA